UCGACAUCUACAAAGAACCAGCGUUCCAUAAUCCUCUUCAGAAAAAUCUCAAUCAUCAGAUGUGGCGUAGCAGUAUUUCAGAACGACCUACAUUACGCUGGAGUUCGCACAAGAGAAAGCCUUGUCCAGUGGGGACGGUUUUUAUUAGAAGAUGGAAGCCUUCUCAUCCGCAAGCAAAGACAGUGUCUUGGAAAUGGUACCCUGGAUCAAAUUUCGUAGCUUACAGACGGUGGCAGAUGAUGAUUUUAACCAUCAUCAUAUUUAGCAUGUUUGGAGGCUCAUUCGUCUUAGCAUGCAUUUCACUAUGCUUACUAAGACGAUGUGAACGUCGUCACCUCAGGUAUCAGACAGUUCCAGCCUCAGCCCCAGCCCCAGUUGCAGCACGCGAUUUAGAGCGCCAGGAGAUCGAAAUGUUCGAGAUCUCAGCACUCGGUUUAGAGCCCCAGGAGAUCGAGAUGUUCGAGAUCUCAGCUUACGUUGCUCCAAAGAGGGAAUCCAGCGAGGACGAAGAGUUGUGCGCGAUAUGUCUUGAGGAGUAUGAGGGUCAGCUGCUUCGAACCUUGACAUGUACGCACAAAUAUCAUGCCACGUGCAUCGACCGGUGGUUGUCCUCUAACAGGACAUGCCCACAGUGUCGACGACGCUACCCUUAGUGUACUUCUUAGCUGCAUUGAAGUGUAGGGCAUUCUAAUUAGUGGUUCCUCAUAUUCUUUUUCUUCUUCCAGUUAUAAAGAAUCUGAACUCAGUCUAGUUGCUAACAGCUGUAUUGAUCGAUGUGUUCAAAAAUAGAUGUUUGUAAUCAUUUUGUAUGAGUUAUAUUUCGA